UGCGCAUAGGCUUGUUGCUCGGAUUUGUAUCUACGAUGGGCAACAAUUCCUCUAUCGCUCUACUCGAUGCAAAUUAAAUUUCCUUGGAAUUUGUUUCAACACUCUGGUUAAUACUCUUAUCUCAACAAAGCUGGUAUUUACGGUUGGAAAUGGAAACAGCCAGCAAUACGGAGAACUUGAUAGCUUACGCAGCCAAGCGCGCUGGAGUGGCGGAAUCUAUUCUUUGCCUAACGAUCAGCUUGUUCGCAGGUUUGCCGCUAGCUUUUGUUUAUAGAGCCUUUUGUUAUCGGAAGAACCCAACCACUCAGCACUUCUUCAUCACUGUGUGUGGGCUUCUGCUAGCUUUCUUUUGUUUUGGUUGGUCUUGUUUUCACUCUGUUGUUAACAUCCUUUUGGCCUACUUGUUACUACGUUUCGGCGGACCUAAAACCGUGACAGUUAUCCUGAUGUUUUUGCUAAAUGUGGGUUAUCUUAUCACUGGAUACGUUUUCAAGUCGUAUUCUAACGAUUAUUCAGUAUCAUGGACGACAGCUCACUGUGUACUAUGCCUUCGUCUUACUGGUUUGGCUUGGGAUUAUUACGACGGACAUCAAGACCAGGAGAAGUUGUCUGAAGAUUUCAAAAGUACUGCCAUCUAUAGCUGCCCAUCGCUUUUGCAGAUAGCAAGCUAUUGCUUCUUCUUUGGAGGGUUUCUCGUUGGACCUCAGUUUCCAAUAAGGAAAUACUUGGAACUAAUUGAGGGACGUCUGAUUGACAAGAAAGACGACAUCUCGAAUUCUCGGAAUUUAGCUGGCCUUAAGCGUUUCACCAUUGGGAUAAUGUACCUGGUAACAUUCACUUUACUGCAGCCAAGAGUUAAAGGGAGCUUCCUAGCAACUACUGAGUACGAUAAAAAAUCGUUCUUGUAUAAGCUUUGUUAUGCCAUUGCAACUACAAAAGUCAGUGUCAUGAAAUACCAAGCAGUUUGGUUAAUAGCGGAAGGUUCUUGUAUCAUAUCAGGUUUGGGUUACAAUGGUCGGUCAGCGGACGGCCAAGUGAGAUGGGAUGGCUGUAGAAACGUCCAUCUUCUUCUCUUUGAAUGUGCCUACAGAUUUCAGCAUGUAAUAGAUGCAUUUAAUUUGAAAACGAACCAAUGGAUGUUUAGGUAUUUGUACAAAAGACUGCGUUUCUUGGGUAAUAAACUUCUGUCGCACUUCUUAACGCUCGCAUUCGUGGCUCUGUGGCAUGGAAUUGAACCUGGAUUCUUCCUGUGCUUCAUUGGAGAAUUCGCCGUCAUUGUGAUGGAACAACAGCUUUUAAGUUUUUGUCGUCGUGUAAUCCAGACAUCAUUUGAAGAUUUCCCGCCGUUAUUCAAGAUUUCCGUAAUCCUCUUUGGUGCUUGCUUGCGUCUGUCAGGGGUCGCCUUUUUCUUGGUCCCGUUUUUACUGCGGAGACUAGACCUAUCCCACAAGGCAUGGCUGUCCCUAUAUUACAUAGGCCCAGUUGUGUUAGGAAUUUGGUUUGUUCUUUAUCCACUGGUACUCAAGCCUUUGGCAAGAGUGCAAAAGAUUGAAACCAAAGAUCCUAAUGAAAACAAGUUACGGCAAUCAGCGAAAGAAGACUGAAGGAUGGUUCGGCUGUGUUUCUUCAUUCUUUUGCAAAUAUAUUAUGAAAAUAUUUUAACCAAUCCAAUAGCCAUUAUCAUCAGUAUGUCAUUUCAAAUGGCAUUGCUUUUGGCUGUGAUCACCAAAGCUGUAACUGAGCGAUAUUUUUUAUGAAUAGCUCUUCUUCUGUCUGAAAAAAGCUAAUAAUGCAGACAAAUCGUAUCUUUAAAUAUUUAAUUAUGAAAUGUAUACGUUGUAAACUAUUCAAAAAUAAAAUUUUAAGUUGUCUAGUUUGCUACUCCUUCUCUCAUGAAUGUGGCAUGGUUAUGAUGAGAUUUCUGUUCUGUCUCGUACAGCAUACAGAAAGCAGCUAGAACACCAAAGGAUUGUGGGGGAAAUACGAGACGUAGUGUAUGGAACCAGGCAAUGUAUGAUUAUCUCGUUUGUUCAUGUACUCUUUUAUAGAAGAUUUCAUAAACCAAAACCAGACGGUAGCGUCCAAAAACAGACGCAAGCGUUCGAAAUCGGUUGAAACUUUCCAGUAACGAACAUGAGUGAGCGAAAUAACUCAUAAACUUGCUGCGUAUGCCCUGUAACAUUACAAUAAAAAUGUGUUAAUAAUUAUAGAAUCAAAGGGCGCCUUUGGCCAACUUGUGGAUAAAGUAUUAGAGAGAGAUAUACUUGUAAAGUUGCUAUCAGUAAACUAAGGUGUUUAAAAAAAAGAUAGAAAGUAGUGCUAUUGCAAAUAUAGAAAUUAUA